AUGGAUUGGCUAAAGGCUGCCCUUGAUGCCAGCGAUGAUGAGGAAGAUGGUGGUAAAAGCGAUGAUUCUGGUCAAAAGGUCAAAGUAGGCGUCAUAAAUGACGUUACCGAGGCUAAAAGUACCAUUAAAGAUGUUCAACCUGCUUAUACUCAUGAGAAAGUACCAGUUGAGGAACAGAUAGGAGGAAUAUCCACCAAAAAACCGGAAGGUCAAAAGAAAAGGGUUGCCGCAAAACGGGAAUUCAAUGCAAAUCGAGACUUUAACAUUAACAGAGUCUUUAAUACAAUCAGGAAUGGUCUUAAAUCUGAAGGGAACUCUGGAAAUACCCUCAAAGAAGCCAAGAAAAUCGACAAAAGUGACUCUGGAACCGAUGACAAAACUACAAAUAGCCAAGAGGAUAAAGAUCAUACAUCCUUCACCCUAGAUGGCUAUGCAGAUUCCGACUCUGAUGGCCAGGAAUCAACAUCUCUAAAUCUCUUUACAAUUGAGAAAAAAAGCAGAAAUCCUGAAACUUUCAAGGUCGACAACCUUGUCAAAAUAAACGUGGAAACGUGCACAGAAGAUGAAAUUUUAAAUGCCAACGUGAAAAAUACCGAUACUACACAACCAGAAUCGCAAACAACUGGACAGUAUAUCGCGCCUGAAGUCCAGGAAUAUGAUGCCUUCGACUACUCCAAAACUCUCCACAGCUUCAACGUCUCAAACCCAAACUCUGAAGUAAGAAUCCCAAAGAGCAAGGAAUGGCAAGGGGCUGAAAUUCACAUUACAGACAUCAAUGCAGAGGACUUGAGAAUGAGCAAGGAGGAAAAAGAAAGAGCCUUCAGCGGUACUAAAGAGGCAUUAAUGGAAGGCCGAAAGAGGUAUUCGAUCAUGGCUCAUCGUAUGGAAACGGACGACGGUCACAUACUCACGAGCAACACUGUCAGAAGAACACAAAAGAGGAAACACCAGAUCAACUGGCUAGCUGCAGAAGCGCAAGAUAAGGAGAUGGAAAUCAUGGAACGAACUGCUCAUAUGAGAAAGUCCAAGCACGAAGCAAGAAUGAAGUACGGCUGGUAG